UUUCCGGACUGGGCUGUGGCGGGACUGGUUUGAAGCUACACUCUCCGGCGAAAACAUGUCUCAGGAACGCGCGGUCCCUGCGAGCGCCGUUCCCCUGGAAGAAUUAAGUAGCUGGCCGGAGGAGCUUUGCCGCCGGGAGCUGCCGUCCGUCCUGCCCCGUCUUGUCUCUAUGUAUCAAUAUUCUGACAGUUGGAUUGAGCAUAUUCAAAUUUUGAAAAUUAUUGUAGAAAUGUUUUUACCUCAUAUGAACCACCUGACAUUGGAACAGACUUUCUUUUCACCAGUGUUACCAAAGACCGUGAAAUUGUUUGAUGACAUGAUGUAUGAAUUAACCAGUCAAGCCAGAGGACUAUCAAGCCAAAAUUUAGAAAUCCAGACCACUCUAAGGAAUAUUUUAGAAACAAUGGUGCAGCUUUUAGGAGCUCUUACAGGAUGUGUUCAGCAUGUCUGUGCCACACAGGAAUCCAUCAUUCUAGAAAAUAUUCAUAGUCUCCCCUCCUCAGUCCUUCAUGUAAUCAAAAGUACAUUUUUACAUUGUAAGAAUAGUGAAUCUGUGUAUUCUGGGCAUUUACACGUAGUUUCAGACCUUCUCCAAGCUCUUUUCAAGGAGGCCUAUUCUCUUCAAAAGCAGCUAAUGGAACUGCUGGACAUGGUUUGCAUGGACCCUUUAGUAGAUGAGAAUGAUGAUAUUUUGAAUAUGGUAAUAGUUAUUCACUCAUUAUUGGAUAUCUGCUCUGUUAUUUCCAGUAUGGACCAUGCAUUUCAUGCCAAUACUUGGAAAUUUAUAAUUAAGCAGAGCCUCAAGCACCAGUCAGUUAUAAAGAGCCAGUUGAAACACAAAGAUAUAAUUACUAGCUUGUGUGAAGACAUUCUUUACUCCUUCCAUUCUUGUUUACAGUUAGCUGAGCAGAUGACACAGACAGAUGUGCAGGAUAAUGCCGACUACAGAUUAUUUCAGAAAACGCUCAAAUUAUGUCGUUUCUUUGCCAAUUCCCUUUUGCACUACACUAAGGAAUUUCUUCCUUUUCUGUCUGAUUCUUGCUGUACCUUGCACCAGCUUUAUCUUCAGAUACACAGCAAGUUUCCUCCAAGCCUAUAUGCUGCCAGGAUUUCUAAAGCACAAGAAGAAGAAAUAGUGGGUGUUUUCCUAGUGACACUGGAUCCACUCAUCAGCCACCUGCUCACAUUCCAGCCUUUCGUGCAGGUGGUUUUGGACAGUAAAUUAGACCUGCCAUGUGAACUGCAGUUUCCACAGUGUCUACUCCUGGUUGUUGUCAUGGAUAAGCUGCCCUCUCAGCCUAAGGAUGUGCAAACCCUGUGGUGCACAGAAAACCAGGUCUCAGAAGCUACAACCAGGGUAUCUCUACUCAAAGCCAUUUUCUACAGUUUUGAGCAGUGUUCUGGUGAACUCUCUCUACCUGUUCAGGUACAGGGAGUAAAGAGUAAAGGGCAAGCUGAGGUGGCUGUCACCUUGUAUCAGCAUGUCUGUGUUCAUCUGUGUACGUUUAUUGCUUCCUUUCAUCCCUCUCUGUUUCCUGAACUGGAUGCUGCUCUGUUGAAUGCCGUGCUUAGUGCUAAUAUGGUCACCUCUUUGUUAGCUAUGGAUGCAUGGUGCUUCCUUGCUCGAUAUGGAACUGCUGAGCUCUGUGCACACCAUGUCACCAUAGUGGCUCAUCUGAUAAAAUCAUGCCCUGGAGAAUGUUAUCAGCUCAUCAACCUGUCAAUACUAUUGAAGCGUCUCUUUUUCUUCAUGGCCCCACCCCAUCAGGUGGAAUUUAUCCAGAGAUUUUCACCCAAAGAAGCAGAAAAUCUGCCUUUGUGGCAAUGUAUUUCCUUCCAGGCGUUAUCUGCUGAGCUUAGGAAACAAACUGCACAUGAGGUCAUCAGAGUAGGCACCGCACAGUGCAGGAAAUGGAUGAACAGCAGUCGCACUUUGGGAGAACUUGGGUCUCUGAAUCUAGUACUCUCUGCUUUGCUAGCUGUAUGUAAUUCUGCUGGUGAAGCUUUGGAUAUUGGACGACAAACUGCAAUUAUGGAAGUUGGGUGUCAGCUUUGGGCAUUUUUAAACAUUAAACAGGUAACAGGUCAACCGUAUGUUCAACAGACAUUCAGCCUUUUACUUCCACUGUUGGGAAUUUUCAUUCAAACUCUAGAUCCUCAGUUGAUAGUUCAGGUAGUAACUCUGCAGACUUCACUACUUAAAAUAGAGCCUCCUGACUACGUUCGUCUAGCAAUGCUGGAUUUUUUAUCUUCUCUAGGAAAACUUGUUAUACCUCAAGCUAUCCAGGACAAAAUUCUGCCCAACCUGUCAUGUGUUUUUGCCAUACUCCUAGCUGACAGGAAUUGGCUGCUAGAACAACAUACCUUGGAGGCAUUUACUCAGUUUGCUGAGGGAACAAAUCAUGAAGAGAUAGUUCCACAGUGUCUCAGUUCUGAAGAAACUAAGGACAAAGUUAUAUCCUUUCUGGAGAAGACUGGGCUUGUAGAUGAAACUGAAGCUGCCAGAGUUGAACGUGUGAAACAGGAAAAAGGCAUUUUCUGGGAACCCUUUGCUAAAGUGACUGUAGAAGAAGCAAAGUGGUCAUCUUUACAGCCUGAUGCAAAAAGAGCCCGUCAUGAGGUCCCCUUGGAAGAAGAGUAUAGGUCAGCAUUGCAGGCAGCAGCAGGGGCCUUGGAGGCAACUGAGUCAUUACUCCAAAAGGCUCCUGCUCCAGCUUGGCUUCUCAUGGAAAUGGAAGUGCUCCAAGAAAGGAUUGAUAAGCUAAAACGUUGUAUACUCUAGGGUGAAACUUUAUUGCUCUGGACCAUAUUAUCAGUAGGCAGAAACGAGCUGGAUGCUUUGUCAACCUAUAGUAUAUUUUGUAAAUGAAAAUACUGAUGUAAUUAUGUUUGUACAUUUUCUAACACAUAUAAAACAGCUUUUGUAAAGUUGAA